CUUCUCCAACAUCGACGUCGACACCGCAGGCCCACGACACCCCCCCUCGCGACGAAUUUAUCACCCAGCUCGACUCCGCUUCCUCGUCGAACUGAAUUCUCGCAACAAUGGCGACCGAGUUGACCGUCCAGUCGGAGCGUGCGUUCCAGAAGCAGCCUCACAUCUUCGUCAACCCCAAGGCUCAGGCGAAGAGCAAGAAGGUUGGCACUGGCCGCAGAUGGUACAAGGAUGUCGGUCUGGGUUUCCGUACCCCCAAGACCGCCAUUGAGGGUAGCUACAUCGACAAGAAGUGCCCCUUCACCGGUCUCGUCUCCAUCCGUGGCCGUAUCCUGACCGGCCGUGUCGUCUCCACCAAGAUGCACCGUACCCUCGUCAUCCGUCGUGAAUACCUCCACUACGUCCCCAAGUACAACCGUUACGAGAAGAGACACAAGAACCUUGCUGCCCACGUCUCUCCCGCUUUCCGUGUCCAGGAAGGUGACUGGGUUACCGUUGGCCAGUGCCGCCCCCUCAGCAAGACUGUCCGCUUCAACGUCCUCCGUGUCCUCCCCCGCACCGGUAAGGCUGUUAAGUCUUUUGCCAAGUUCUAAGCGUGUCGAUGAAGACGGGGUGUUUUCGCGAGGAAGAUAAACCUAGGGCCGCGGCGUGACUGGAUAUACACGGAAAUAGUUUACGGGUUGGGAUUGUUUCACGAUUUCAUGUCCCAGGUACCCUUGUGAAGGAAUAUCCAAUGAAAAAAUUCUUUUGAUUCUCCCAUAAUAGACUCUACUACUAUGGAGGGAAGGGCUCGUGGUACACACUAUUCUUAAAAGUUGGGCUCAUAAAGCCGAGUCAUCGUCAUGAAACUGGGUCUCCUCGCAUUUCCUUUUUCUCGACCUUUUAUGGUUGGUCUUUGCUACUUAGCUCAUAUGCGC